UCACAUUCUAUUAUAAUGUCACAUUCAUAUUCUAGCUCUCUUACCCAUCUUUUAAUUUAAUUUCCACUCCAAGUUUCUCCAACCCCCCUUAAUUUUUUUUUUCACAAACUUCCUACCUUUCUUUCCUUUAUUUAAACCCUACUUUUUUUUCUUUAAAUAUAUACCAUCUUUAAUCAACUCAAAAAAAAAAAAAAAACACAAACACAAAUAAUUUUCAUUAUUCCCUAUCUUUUUAUUUUCUUCUUUUUUGCAUGCAAAAAAAUGAAGAACAACAAUAACACAAACAACACAAAACUUAUUCUCUUACACCCUUACAUUCUUAAACAAGGUAGCUCAAAUAGGUUAUGGUUCUUAGCCGUUAUUUCAAUUUUCACCCUUAUUUUUCUCCUCACCCUUAUAUACACCCGUGACUCGUUCUCGGCCUACUCGAGCUCGACUCCCUCCACCACCGCGGCUACAAGUGGUGUUGCGGCUUCUAACGAUGUGGGGCACACGACUUCCCGGUACCCUCUACCUAAGAAUGUUGUGAGUACGCUUCUACAUUACUCUUCUAGAGCUAACACAACGGAGAAGAUGGAUAUUGCUGAUACAAAGUCGAUUUCGGAUGUGUUACGUCGGUGUCCUUCUCCUUGUAACUUUCUUGUUUUUGGUCUUACGCAUGAAACUUUGUUAUGGCGGUCUCUUAACAACCAUGGUAGAACCGUUUUCAUUGAUGAGAACAGGUAUUAUGCUGCAUAUAUGGAAGAAAAACACCCUGAAAUUGAAGCAUACGACGCACAAUACACAACAAAGCUAAGCGAGUACAAAGAAUUAAUAUCCUCCGUAAAAGAGCAAGCUCACAAUGAGUGUAAACCAGUUCAAAACUUGCUCUUUUCUGAAUGCAAACUAGGCAUCAAUGACUUGCCAAACCAAAUUUACGAUAUUGAUUGGGAUGUCAUCCUCAUCGACGGUCCAAGAGGUCAUUGGCACUCGGCCCCGGGGAGGAUGUCCACCAUCUACACCUCUAGUGUGUUAGCAAGAAACAAGAAGGCCUCGGCGAAGAGUGGGAAGACACAUGUAUUUGUACAUGACUAUAACUUAGACCCUCAAAGAGUUUCAAGUGAAGAGUUUUUGUGCAAGGAAAAUUUGGUGGAAAAUAAUGGGAUGCUUGCUCAUUUUGUGUUAGAGAGGAUGGAUGAGAACUGCUUUGAGUUUUGCCAUUAUAAGAAGAAAUCUUCUUAGGUUUAUUUUAUGAGACUCAUAAAUUGGUGGGUUGAUUUGUUUUUCUUUAUUGAAUGAACAUGUAAAUCUUGGAUGCAUGUGUAGUGAAAAUGUAUGGUUUGAUCAUGCAAUUUGGCCCUAUGGUAUAGGUAAAUGUUUGUUCUUAUUUAUGAACAAUUUUCCCCUAAAAAAAGGGCUUGUAAAAUAAAUUUUCGAGUCUUAAUAUGUAUAUACAUCGAACAAUUCAAGUUUUUGAUGUAUCAAACGGUUAUUAUUGUGUUUUUUUUAUA